CUUUAGAGGUCUAGCACUGUAUUUCUGUUCAGGUGUACCACUGGUCUACUCUAGGACAUUGAUUAUAUUAAGAGUGAAUAUCUAUUCAUGCGUACCACAGUCACCACCAUGCUAUGGAGGUCCUGGUUCAGUCUCUGCUGGAUCUAGACGUGAGGGACAGCCAGGGGCGCACCCCUCUGGACCUGGCUGCCUUAAAAAGCCUUGUGGAGUGUGUUGACGUCCUCAUCAACCAGGAAGCCUCCAUCCUGGUUAAAGACUUCACUCUGAAGAGGACCCCCAUCCACGCUGCAGCAACCAACGGACAUUCGGAGUGUUUGCGUUUGCUGAUUGGAAAUGCUGACAUCCAGAGUACAGUGGACAUUCAAGACGGAAUAGUCACUUGGGUUUUGGAUACAAUUCCUGAAAUAAAGAGAUUUUGAAACUGGGGCUGCAUCCAAAAUGGCAACCUGUACCCUACUUGGUACAGUACUUUAAACCAAAGUCCUAUGGGCUCAGGUCAAGAGUAGUGUACCAUAUAGGGAAUAGGUUGCCAUUUGGGACUCAGCCUGGUUACUACCAGUUUGUAAUAUGACCUGUUGUCUUGUGUAUCAGAACCCCUCUGAUGCUGUCGGUGCUGAGCGGACACAGACUGUGUGUACUCCCUGUUCAACAAGGGAGCAAGCGUAGAAGCCAAAGACAAAUGGCACAGAACAGCUCUACACAGAAGGGUUGUGAGGAGAGUUGGCUGUACGCGCUCACACACAGAAAGAGAGGGGGAGGCUUGUUCUGAUCUAGGGAUGGGGCCAUUGAAAUACUAGGGAUGGCUUUGGUGUGGGAUCUAGCAUGGAAUAUAAAUUAUGCCCAAAUAUACCUAUUAUGAUUCCUUAUUAUUUAAUUGAUUAUAAAUUAUUCAAAUCCAUUCUUGUCUCCCCUCCCUUCCCUUCC